CGGCUAUCUGGGCCUGGGGAUGGUGCUUUGGCGCUGGGGUCCUGCACUGGGGACACUCGUGUGACUCUGGGAAUGGCGAUCUGGCGCUGCGGGGGCCCCGGGCAUGGUGCUUUGGUGGCGGGGUGCCGUACUGGGGCCACUGGUGAGGCACCGCGGGGGCCCUGGGGUUGUGGUGCUGGCACCUGGGUCCGGCACUGAGGUCGCUGUCCCAAAGGCUUCCCCAAGCUGAAGAACGACACGUUCCUUCGCGCGGCGCGCGGGGAGGAGACGGAGCACACCCCGGUGUGGUGCAUGCGGCAGGCGGGGCGGUACCUGCCAGAGUUUCGGGAGACCCGGGCAGCGCAGGAUUUCUUUGCCACUUGCCGGAGCCCCAAAUUGUGCUGUGAGCUGACGCUGCAGCCACUCAGGCGAUUCCCCUUGGAUGCUGCCAUCAUAUUCUCUGACAUCUUGGUGGUGCCCCAGGCGCUGGGCAUGGAGGUUGUCAUGGUCCCUGGCAAGGGACCCACAUUCACAGAGCCCCUGAAGGAGGUGGAGGAUCUGCUGAAACUGCGACAGAAGGUGGAUGUGACAGCGGAGCUAGGUUAUGUCUUCCAGGCCAUCACUCUGACACGACACAGCCUGGAGGGCAGAGUGCCCCUCAUCGGCUUCUCAGGGGCACCGUGGACACUCAUGUCCUACAUGAUUGAGGGUGGCGGCUCCUCUACAAUGUCCAAGGCCAAGAGCUGGCUCUACCGGCACCCCGAAGCGAGCCACCAACUGCUGCGGCUGCUGGCUGAUGUCAUCACUGACUACCUGGUGGGGCAGGUGGCUGCUGGAGCGCAGGCGCUCCAGCUGUUUGAGUCCCAUGCAGGGCACUUGGGCCCAGAGCAGUUCCAGGACUUUGCCCUGCCAUACAUCCGAGACAUCGCCCAGGCUGUCAAGAGCAAGCUGAAGGAAGAGGCGCUGCCCCUGGUGCCCAUGAUCAUCUUUGCGAAGGACGCGCACUACGCACUGCGUGACCUGGCCCAUGCCGGAUAUGAGGUGGUUGGUCUCGACUGGACCAUCCGGCCCCAGGAAGCUCGUGCACAGAUAGGGAAAGAUGUCACCCUGCAAGGGAACCUGGAUCCUUGUGCUCUCUACGCACCCAAGGAGAAGAUUGGCGAGCUGGUGAAGAAGAUGCUGGAGGCUUUUGGGACCCAACGUUACAUCGCCAACCUGGGCCAUGGCCUCUACCCUGACAUGAACCCUGAACACGUGGGUGCCUUUGUAGAGGCCGUGCACGCUCAUUCCCGUCACAUCAACAAGCACAGCUGAGCCUGGGGCCUUGAGGAUAGGACUCUGGUUUGGGCACAGUCACCCCAAGUAGUGUGUUGUCACAGGGCUCCCUCCAGGCUGGGCUGCAGCAUUAAACCAGCACCUUCUCUGCA